AUGGUUGUGGAGAUCAAGCUUGACUACCUUACACAAUUCCUAAUCUCAAUUAGUGGAUACUAUGGUUCUAUAACAGAAGGUGGCUCAGUGAUUGUUCCAUCACUUUUCUUGGAAACAAACAUGAAAAUAUUUGGACCUUUUGGCAUUGAACAAGGAGCUCCUUUCUCGUUGCCUGGUGAGAUGUUAGUGGGUUUUCAUGGAUGGAGCAGCAAAUACCUUGAUUCAAUUGGGGUUUAUAUGAUCCGUACUACCCAUGUUAGUAGAGUUCUUGGGAUUAGCAAGAAAUUCCUUUCAUUUGGACCUUGGGGAGGGGAUGGUGGAAUGAUAUUCGAUGAUGGGAAUUAUACAGGGGUACGAGAAGUGGAUUUAACGCGAUCAGGAGGGUUGGUAUCAAUUCGAGUUUGUUAUGAACAAAAUGUGAAUAUGAUUUGGGAGAACAAGCAUGGUGGAUCUGGAGGACUCAAGCAUCAUAAGAUUGUUUUCAACUAUCCCUACGAAAUGCUAACUCAUAUAACAGGAUAUUAUGGACCCAUGAUCUUACGAGGACCUACAGUCCUUAAAACAAUUACUUUCCACACCAACAAAAGGAGUUAUGGACCAUUUGGGGAUCCACAGGCUGGGUUAGGGGUGCUUAUGAGGUCACCGAACUCGCGAGCUACUCGAACCCGACUCGGUCAAAGCUCGAGCUUGACUAUGAGUUUUCAAGUUCGAGUCGAGCUUAGCUAA